AUGGGUAAUGAAGACAAUGAAGAAGAGGAGAUGAUAGUAACAUCCAAACUUCAACUUGUCUUGGCGGCAUCAUCACCAGUGAUAAGUCAUCACGUGUCACUAUCACUCUUGUCUUCCCCUGAUGACUUAUCACACUCUCGUGCUUCGGUUCCUUUCUCAUGGGAAGAAAAACCUGGCAAGCCUAAACAACAUACUCUUCUUCUUCGAGGAGCUCCUCCUAAUAACCCCAGCCGUCUUCAUUUGCCUCCGAGACUGCUCCUUCCUGAUGAACCUACCAAAAUGCAUCUGGCUUCAGAUCAUCCUCAUCAUCUAGCCGCGUUGAAACGGUGGUUCCGGUGGAAGAAAGUUAGGGCUAACGAUGAUGACGUGACCGGGAAGUUUAGUUUUGUCCUUUCACCGGAAAAUGGAAAUGAUACGAAGAUCACAAAAACUAAAAGUCGUCUCCAUUGUCUCUCUGACCCGGCUACGUGUUACUUAUGGGAAGUUCCGUGGAAGAAGAAUAAGCUGAAAAGAGAUGACUUUUGA